AGGCCGCCCCGGCCCAUUCCACGGCGAGCAGUCGUAGCGAGCGCACCGCGACCUCGGCACCGCAGCGCACCAGGCCAGGCCUCCUCACCAGCUCACCACCCGCUCACCGUCUGCAGCAGUUACCGAAGAAACAACAGUCGGAUCUCCCGACCAGGCUAAUACGGACGUGGUUGUCACCAGCAGACAACGGGCCGUGAAAGCCGUGAGGAAUCCGUCAGCCAUGCAGACCUCCACCGUGGUGCUGGUCGCGGCCCUCGCCAUGGCGGCCUUGUUCACAGCAGUACGCGCAGCCCCCAUGGGCGGGGAGCCCGUGUACAACUACGCGCGCCCCGGUGAGAUCGACGCCGAAGACCUCGUGGAGCUGCUGAAGAGGAUAGCGCAAGAGCUGCGGCGACCGGAGCAGGGCUUGCAGGAAGCUAAGCGCGGCAUGGACUUCGGGCUCUCUCGCGGCUUCUCUGGCGCGGGCGCCGCCAAGCACCUCAUGGGACUCGCCGCGGCCAACUAUGCCGGUGGGCCGGGCCGCAGGAGGCGCAGCGCUGCACCUGCUGCACCUGCUGCACCUGGAGCCGCACCUGGCGCAGCGCCACAGCUGUAAACCUGGAUGCCCAGGCGGACGCCCGGCCGGGUCGGGGUCCCCGACGCUUUGUAGCUCUGCAGCACACGGCAGCCACCCGAGCAAGGCCGCGGUCGCACAGCAGGGCCAGCGGUGGAGGCAGAGAGAGACAGCGUCCCUCCUCUCACCCUCUCCCUCUCUUCCACCCCCGCAUCGCCGCCCACCUCGUACAAUCACAGACAGCCACUGUUCCAUCCCACACGACGACCGGGCUGGUGGACUGCUCCUUGAUCGGGUGGCCGAAAAAUCUUUUUCUAGUCUUGUUUUACUUUUGUUUAUAGUUUGAGGUUCCCUCGCUGUAAUGGAGGGCUACAAGAGAAAUGUUCUAAUAGUAAUAAUUAUUAUUGUUGUUAAAUAUUAAUUAUAAUGGUGGAGUCUCUGCUCCUCAGGUCGACGGCUCUGCUGUGUCGGUCUAGGGACCAGAUUAACUGUAAAAAAAUAUCGGUCCUACCUUUACAAGAAAUAAUCGUGUGUCUUACACAAGAACAAAUGUGUCAUGAAGGGGCGGAUCGUACACAGAUAAUGAUCUCAUGAUAAUCAGUUUAUAAAAGACACAUCCUCCUCACCCUUCUUGUGUUAAUUCCACAAUUCCACAUGAGUCAAUAAAAUUUUCUGUAAUUUUA